CAAAAAAUGGUGGAAAUCGAGUCAAUGAUGAGAUAUGUCUCGCCGGUGAACCCAGCUGUUUUUCCUCUGUUGGCUGUGGUGCUAUUAGGAAUUGGAAUAUUUUUCACGGCCUGGUUCUUCGUGUAUGAGGUUACCAGCACGAAAUUCACACGAGAUAUAUUCAAGGAAGCACUAAUUUCAUUGGUCGCAGCGUUAUUCUCUAGCUUUGGAGUACUAUUUCUAUUGCUUUGGGUUGGAAUUUAUGUAUAAAUAAUGUCGAUAAGGAGUUAAAAUUUCUAC